AUGUAAGACGUAAUGGAAAUUCAAAAGAUCAGUUUGAACUUCCAUUUGCAAAAUUAAUUAGAGCAAAAGAAGUUGAAAUUGAACUUAAAUCAUCAAUUGAUAAUUUUUUCAAUGAGAUAUCAAAUACUGAUAAUCAUUUAAAUUCAUCACUGUCAGAUGAUUCAUCUAAUGAAGAUAUGUCUGAUAAUGAAAGUAAACCAUCUAGUUUACAACGACAUGAACCUCGUCCACCUAGUGCACCUAUAUCAGAACAUAGUCGACGUCAUCGUCGUCCUCAUCAUCGUAUAAGUGAGCAAAUAUCAGAAUUUUCUCAAUAUGGUCCUCAAUCAUCGAAAACUAUGGACUCAUCAUCAUCAAUUCGUUCAAAAAAAAAUCAACAACAAUCAGAAAACGAUACGGAUAGUCCACAUAUUGAUCCAUAUGGUUCAACAACAUCACUUCGCCGUAGUGGAAUUUUUCAAUCAUUAAAAUUUAAAAAAGAUAAAAUACGUUUACCACGUCCAUUUAAUGAGCGUGAAGAUCCUAAUGAUGAAAAACAACAAAAAAAGAAUCGAAAAUCAACUGGAGGAACUCUUCGACCAGCUAGAGUGAGUCAUAUGAAAAAUUUAGAAUUAGAUGAAUUUUAA